AUGCAAGAAGACGAGGAGGAGCAGCAGCAGCAGCAGCAGCACAAGCAAGCAGACGAGCUAAUCGAAGCGGAUGCUGGCAUUGCUGGAGAAGAGGAGGCCAGAAGGAAUGCCACGCCGAUCAUCCUUACUGGGGGAAAGGGAAAAAGCUGCUGGAGAACUGGAGCCGGUCUAGAGAGGCCGGUGGACUCCAUCCCGUUAAGCAUCCACGCUAGUCCAGACGGACCUGUCAGAGCGAGUAAGCCGACCCACGGAUCCGAUCGAGAUGCGAUCCCAACGGGCGACACAAGGACCCUCCUGGACCCAUGGAUGAUGGAUUGAUAGAUAGUAGGAAGAGGAAGAAUAGUCCGACAGACUAGACUUCUCGCUAGUAAUGGGCUGUAUUGACUUCGGCGCAAUUAUUCUCAGCCAUCAUCAUUCCCUCAUCAUCGUCGUUCUCUUC